UGACCCCAGGUGGAGCAUCCAAUCACAGAGUGUAUCACUGGCCUGGACCUGGUGGAGCAGAUGAUCAGGGUUGCUAAGGGUUACCACCUGAAAUACAAACAGGAAGACAUCCCAAUCAACGGCUGGGCCAUCGAGAGCCGUGUCUACGCCGAGGAUCCCUACAAGUCUUUUGGUCUCCCCUCCGUUGGACGUCUGUCUCAAUACCAAGAGCCCCUCAACCUCAGCAAUGUCCGUGUGGACAGCGGCAUCCAGGAGGGAAGUGACAUCAGUAUCUACUACGAUCCCAUGAUCUCUAAGGUGUGUGAUUAUUGGAUAUAA